AAAAAAGAAAAAGGAAAAAAAAAUAAAAAUCACAGAACAUAGCUUCCCUUCUCCUCUCACAUCACCUUCUUCUCUCUUUGUACUAAACAGAAUCCCCUUUCCAUUUCCCUCCACAGAUCUCCAAUUUCCCACUCACCAAGCUCUAAUUUUCUCUUCUCUGCAUCUGUUUAUUCAUCUCUCUGUCGCUCUAUUACAACUCUUUGAUAGAUUUCAUCCGAUGAUUCUAGGACCUUCAUGAAUCUCUGCACCUUAAUGGACCCAUUUUACCACCACCGCCACCACCGUCGACAUCCGUCUUACGAUGCCUGAGCUGCGUUGCAGGGCGCGCAGAAAUCGGGACCCCAGGAGACCUGCCUCGAAUCAGAAUCCGAUUAAGAAUACUGUACAGACUCGACAGAGAAAAACUGCUGCCAAUAAGAGGAAAAAGGACGCAAUAUUUGUUGAUGAUAAGAAUAAUAUUGUGAACCUAGAAAAGACACCGUUGGAGGACCAGACUAGGGCUUUUAGAGAGGAGGUUGCAGAGAAAACGAUGGAUGAAUUUGAAAGCGGCGGCCGCAGUGGCGAUAAGGGCCCCGGCGCUGAGGACGAGGGAAGCACGGCUCCGCUUCCUGAGAAGGUCCAGGUUGGAGGAUCCCCAGUCUACAGAAUAGAAAGAAAACUGGGUAAAGGAGGUUUUGGACAAGUAUAUGUUGGUCGACGCAUUAGUCCCAGUGCUUCAAAUGAAAGAACUGGCCCUGGAGCUAUUGAGGUAGCACUGAAAUUUGAACAUAGAAGUAGCAAAGGAUGCAAUUAUGGGCCUCCUUACGAGUGGCAAGUUUACAAUGCACUAGGAGGCAGUCACGGUGUCCCACGAGCUCAUUACAAAGGCCGUCAAGGUGACUACUAUAUCAUGGUGAUGGAUAUGCUUGGACCUAGUCUGUGGGACGUAUGGAAUAACAAUUCGCACACGAUGUCCAUUGAAAUGGUGGCAUGCAUUGCUAUUGAAGCAAUCUCUAUACUAGAGAAGAUGCAUUCUAGAGGAUAUGUGCAUGGGGAUGUAAAACCUGAGAACUUUUUGCUUGGUCCCCCAGGAACUCCUGAAGAAAAGAAGUUGUUUCUUGUUGACCUUGGAUUAGCAACCCGGUGGCGGGAUAAUUCAACUGGCCUGCAUGUUGAAUAUGAUCAACGUCCAGAUGUUUUUAGGGGAACAGUGCGUUAUGCUAGUGUUCAUGCUCAUCUUGGUAGAACUGGUAGCAGGAGAGAUGACUUAGAGUCUCUUGCUUAUACGCUCAUUUUUCUCCUCCGUGGCCGGUUGCCAUGGCAGGGAUAUCAGGGGGAAAAUAAAGGGUUCUUAGUUUGCAAGAAGAAGAUGGCAACUUCCCCAGAAACUUUGUGUUGCUUCUGCCCUCAGCCUUUUCGUCAAUUUGUUGAGUAUGUAGUAAAUUUGAAAUUUGACGAGGAGCCCAAUUAUGCGAAAUACAUCUCUCUUUUUGAUGGGAUUAUUGGUCCAAAUCCAGAUAUUAGGCCAAUAAAUACUGAUGGUGCCCAGAAGCUUAUUUAUCAAGUUGGACAUAAGAGAGGACGAUUAACAAUGGAAGAGGAAGAUGAUGAACAGCCAAAGAAGAAGGUACGGAUGGGUAUGCCUGCAACACAAUGGAUCAGUGUUUACAAUGCUCGUCGCCCAAUGAAGCAGAGAUAUCACUAUAAUGUGGCUGAUAUGAGGCUUUCACAGCACAUUGAGAAAGGAAAUGAAGAUGGGUUAUUUAUCAGCAGUGUGGCUUCUUGCUCAAACUUAUGGGCCUUGAUCAUGGAUGCUGGCACUGGCUUCACUGCUCAAGUUUAUGAACUUUCGCCUUACUUCCUCCACAAGGAAUGGAUAAUGGAACAGUGGGAGAAGAAUUACUAUAUCAGUGCAAUUGCAGGAGCUAACAAUGGAAGUUCAUUAGUUGUGAUGUCUAAGGGGACCCAGUAUUUACAGCAGUCGUAUAAGGUCAGUGAUUCAUUCCCUUUCAAGUGGAUUAAUAAGAAAUGGAGAGAGGGUUUUUAUGUCACUGCCAUGGCUACUGCUGGAAGUAGAUGGGCAAUUGUUAUGUCUCGUGGGGCUGGAUUUUCCGACCAGGUUGUGGAGCUAGAUUUUCUAUAUCCUAGUGAAGGAAUUCACAGGAGGUGGGAUAGUGGUUACCGCAUCACUUCAACUGCUGCAACUUGGGACCAGGCUGCAUUUGUACUCAGUGUGCCCCGAAGAAAACCAGCAGAUGAAACUCAAGAGACACUUCGAACUUCUGCUUUUCCAAGUACACAUGUCAAGGAGAAAUGGGCAAAGAAUCUUUAUAUUGCAUCGGUUUGCUAUGGUCGAACUGUCUCAUGAACAACUGAAGCUAUGAUGGGAUGAUGUUAUCAUGAUUUUGCUCUCAUGUACUACCUAGAAGAAAGUUCUCACCACCAAUUUCCCUGAUUUGAGAAGCAAGCAUCCUCUUAAGCCAGAGUGACGUUUCAUGGCAUUUGGGAGUCUAUUAGUACAAGCAUAGAAGUUGGUGUAUGAUGAGGAUCACAGGUUAAAUUGUUAAUAUAUUGUGGUCAAGAUAUUCAAGGUGGAAGUACUGUUGGCAAGACCUUGCUCUAAGAAUUUGUGAUCCUAAGAGACCGUCCUACCUUUUACUUGCAACACUUCGCAUUCAUUUGGCUCAAAAUCAUACAGAAUGGAUUUAUUGGGCUUUUAACUGGUGAAUGUUUACUCACUGAAUGGGAAGAAGUGACAGAUUCAGGUUAUUUUUGGAUCUGAUAUGCAAUCUAAUUGCACUGUGUUGAUUUACGCGUGUUGAAAUUGCUGCUUUGUUUAGUGACUCAAUCUUCAUGACAAUGCGAUCUGCAGUUAUUGGAGCUAGAUCUCCAAAUAGGUAGGCUCAGAGUCGCUGCUUCAAUCCCCAGGUUAAUCAAGUGAAGUAUCACAAACUGCUGCAUGAAAUUUUUCAGAAACUGGUAUUGAGACCCAAUACUUCCAUUAGGUUUCUGUUUGAGCCAGCGUCCGUGCUUUUGACGACUAUCCUAUCAACCUGGUGACAACGGGGUUUCUUUCUUACUCCAUCUUAAUCAAGUAUUGAAGAGAACCAUUAUAGAUGAGUUAAAAUUUUUGUCCUUAUAUUUUUGUGUCGAGUAUUUCACCUAAUCCACUUAUUUGGAUGAUGCCUUGUUCAUUAACUUGCGACUUUGAAUAACAUAUGGAUACCGUUUUCCUGUUCU